UUGUGCUUUCAUUCCUAGCAGGUCAUUGACCAGGGAAGUUUGGGUCACCCCUCGGUAGCUCUCCAAAGCACAUUCCACUGACUCCUUUGUCAGAGAAGUUUAACAGACGCAGAAAGUACGGCUCUCACUUCCUCCUCCACCCUAUUCACCCUGUCCGCCACUUCUAGCCUGGGGCGGGCUAUGUAGAGGGCGGUCCCUCUCAGACUCACUCUUUGGAUCCAUGUUGGGCGACGCUAACCGCCGGCGAAGCACGUCUUUCCAGUCCAUGGCUGACUCCCGCUCAGAGGACCCUACAUUUGCUGUUUGUUAAAAGCUCCACCCACUACCAGCUGCGACGUCAGACGCCACCAAGACAGAUGGAAGUUAAGAAGGACGCCUGAACGCCAUCUUGGGCACGGGCGGAAGCCUUGGCUGAAAAGGGGGGGGGGGAGGAAAGAUGCUGUAACUAUUCCGGAUACGGCGAACACGCUAGCGGGGACGAAAAUCAGACAUGAAGUAGAUGAAAAAAAGUAUCCUAUAGAGGUGUCGCAGCUCACCAAGCCAGAUUUCUAAAGGCCAGAAGAAGCCUGCGUGACUUUUUCCGCUUGGGCAUUUGGCGCGUGCGCGCCACAAGAUGUAGGACUCUAUUGGCAUUUCCGAAUUGAGAAAAGCAUUUUCGUCACAUUUUGUUCUCUCUCUGGAAACCUUAACAGUUCCUAAGAUGUAAUAGACGCAGUAUCCAGCCCUCUUGGAUACUAAAAGUUUCAAAAUUACCUUGGUUUGUUUGUUUAUCUUCUCCAUACUCAACAGAAGGCCGGAAUUCAAGCCACUCAGGCCCCGGCGCCUCGUUCAGCGCGGUGCCUUGUGGGUAAUGUAGUCUUCACCGCAUUUAUGGUUACUUUAAACACGAGUAGCGUGGUGAGUUGUUGAAAGAAGUGAACUUCGUUUGUCGACCCUCCGUACAGUUAAGUCUGAGCUCUUUCUGAACCUCACUUCCUUCCCUGUGAUGUUUAUGCUGCAUUUCCCUGGUCCCUCUUCUCCGAAGAGUUUUGCGGCCCGGAAAGAGUUGUGAAGAGCAAAGGACCCUAGACUGGCUUUUCUUGGGGCUGCGAUUGGUGGUUUCUGAUCGACGUUAUUUAUUUCCCUGUUCUAGCUCCCUUGGUAUCCUGCCCCUCUUCGGGACCGUCGUAAUACACAGGAGUCAAACUGGGAAGUCCAUGUGCUUUUUCCUCAGAUUCGAAAAUUGGAAGGUAACAGGCACCUGAGGGUUCCCGUUCCGUCUUCUGGUUUUGGGAUUGCUACUGGUGUUGGAUGUCCUUGGAUCGUUGUUUAAUGAAUAGAACUCGUGUGCUCUCCUUACCAUUAAAUUGUUCCAAACAUAAUCGUGAUUUGUUUGUGAGGGAGAAGCAAAAAGUCUCCAUUUCAAGAACUGCGCUUUCACUAUCCUCAGCCCCCAAUACCUUAAUUUUACAUAGCAAAGAGAGGCUGUUUUAUUUUUACGUCUCAUUCAGUUCACUGCAGGAUGACCUUCUAUUUGUCUGGUUUUCGGAGCUUUCCGAAACUUUGGAAGAGCAACCCUUACUUUGAGCUAGGCCCUGCGACCUCUUCUGCCUCUUUCUUUCUCACGGUUCACUGUGUCAUCGAGAACCAACAGAGAUGGUUUUCUGUUAAACCUGCGACCCCUCCAAAUAGCAAAACACUCAAUCUACAGGUUACCAAAGCUAAAACACAUAAGAAAGUAAAUGACAGCGACAAGCAAGUUUCUUCUGAUCCUCAUUAUUUUGCUGCUGGAGCAGCUAAGAAGAGAUCCCUCAUAAGCAGUAAUCUUCAGAAUUUAGGUCAUGCCUUGCCUGUGAGAAGCACUGUCCAACUUCCAACUAAACCUUUGAAUUCUGAAGAGUGGGAUAAACUUAAAGAAGAUUUCAAAGGAAAGGCCAGUUUUGAAGACUUCAUCAUUUCACAGAUGGCACGCAGCUGUAGUUCAGUAGAUGUGGCUAAGUCUCUCCUGGCUUGGGUAGCAGCAAAGAACAAUGGCGUCGUGGGGUAUAAUUUACUCGUCAAGUAUUUAUAUCUCUGUGUCUUUCAUAAGCAGACAUCAGAAGUUAUUGAUGUCUAUGAAAUCAUGAAAGCCAAGUACAAGAGUUUAGAAUCUGGGGGUUACACCCUUCUCAUCCGGGGAUUGAUCCACUCAGACAGAUGGAGAGAGACCUUGUUGCUGUUAGAAGACAUUAAAAAAGUCAUGGUCCCUUCCAAGAAGAACUACGGUGACUGUAUAGAAGGAGCCCUCCUUCAUCAAGAUGUGAACAUGGCUUGGAGUUUGUAUCAGGAAUUGAUAGGUCAUAAUCUUAUUCCUCUGUUGGAAACUUUAAAAGCCUUCUUUGAUUAUGGCAAAGACAUAAAUGAUGAUCACUAUUCAAACCAACUCCUGGACAUCCUUUUGUAUCUAAAGAAUAAUCAGCUGUAUCCUGGAGAGUCAUUUGCACACAGUAUAAAAACGUGGUUUGAAAGUAUUCCUGGAAGACAAUGGAAAGGAGAGUUUACCACAAUUCAGAAAAGUGGCCAGUGUUCAAACUGUGGCAGAACCAUAGAGUCUAUUCAUCUGAGUCCAGAAGAGUAUGAAUUUCUCAAGGAAAAAAUCAUGAGGGAUGUGAUAGAUGGCGGCGACCAGUAUAAGAAGACAACACCUCAGGAACUGAAGAAAUUUGAGAGCUUCGUGAACUCCUGUCCUCCUUUUGAUAUUGUUAUUGAUGGCCUCAAUGUUGCAAAAAUGUUUCCUAAGAGUCGAGAAUCCCAAAAUCUCCUGCGUGUAGUUUCUCAACUAGCCCAGCAGAAUCUCCAGUUGCUGGUCCUGGGCCGGAAACACAUGCUGAGACCAAGUUCCCAGUGGAGAAAGGAUGAGAUGGAGCAGGUGAAAAAGCAAGCCCACUGUUUUUUUGCUGACAACAUCUCGGAGGAUGAUCCUUUUCUCCUGUACGCCACACUGAACUCGGGCAAUCACUGCAAGUUUAUCACCAAAGACCUGUUGCGGGACCACAAGGCCUGCCUGCCUGAUGCCCGGACGCAGCGCCUGUUCUUUAAGUGGCAGCAGGGACAUCAACUGGCAAUCAUGAAAGGGUUUCAAAAAUCAAAACUAACUUUCCAGCAUAUUCUCAGCUAUGACACGGUGGUGCAGACAACCGGAGACUCCUGGCACAUUCCCUACGAUGAAGACCUGGUACAGAGAACCUCCUGUGAAGUACCAACCAAGUGGCUGUGCCUCCAGAGAAAGACACCGGCCCCCUGCUGAGUCGCACUGGCUGCCUGGCUUCCUGGCUGGUUCAGAGCUCUUAUAUCCAUGCUAAUUUCUGCCAUGACCUCUAUCCUGGAAAUAAAAAGAGUUUAGUGACA